CCUCUAUUAUAGUGGAAACCGGUUCUUUUAAAUUAACUAGAGAUAGAUUUUGUUUUUAUUGCUUAAAAAAAAUAAAAGACCCGAUUAGGAGUGUAGACCCCCUCCCCCGUGUUCUUCAUUCAUUACUUACUACGAUCUUACGAUUUGUAGUUUAUUUUGGGUAUGGGGCACCUUUUUUUUUUCUUAUAGGCAUGGAUAUUUGUGAAUUGUUUUACUACAUUAGAUCUAAUUUGUGAAUACUUUAGAUCUAAAUUGUGAUUUUGGAUAACAGUAAAUUUUGAAUUUCUGUUUGGAGUGUUUCAUCUUGAAUAUUGCCGCAUUGGAUUCCUCAAAAAAGGUACUGGGGGACGAGCGGAUGCAGGUGUGGGACCUGGUAGCUCCCUUUGCUGUUGAACUACAUUUACAGGAGCCCCGCCUCUACAUGGCUGAGAGCGGGGCACCUGUAGACUAUUCAGCACCAGCCACACUUCUCAAUGGAGAGCCUUUAAUUUUACAGGAAGGCCAAGUGCCAUGGGAUGCUCGCUCUGCGUCUGAUGUUCGGUUAAGGAUAGUUGAAGAGAUUCUGUCAUCAGAAAAAGAUUAUUGCCAUACACUGAAGACAGUUUCCGAUCUCUAUGAGAAACCUCUCAGAAAAUUACUCUCCAUGGAAAAAGAAGAUUAUAAGUCUCUCUUUGACUGGGUUGAGCCUGUAUGUUCCUUAAGCAAAAUGGUGAUAAUAAAAUUAAAUGUAGCUGUGGAGGAAUGGGAAACGUACGAAACCAAAGUUGCAACUAUUUUUUCAAAACUACUAUGGACUAAGUAUGAAGAAUACCAAAAUUUAUACGAAAAUAUCGCACUUCCACUUCUAAAAGAGAAAGAAACAAGUGAUGAAGAUUUUGUAGCUUUAUGCCAAUUACGCCGAGGUGCAGCCAAAUAUUCUUUAGCAGGACUACUACAUUUACCGUUGGAGCGCCUGGUCCAGUAUGAGCGAUAUCUGUCGCUCUUGGCUGAACAAACAGCCCCGGAUCACCCUGACUACAACGACAUAUGUAGGACAGCCAACAAAGCUUCAGCGAUGGUAAAGAGAGCUGAUCAUGGGAGAGAGGAGUCGGACCUGGAUCGAAUCCAGGACCUUUUUCCUAGUGACCACCUAAGACUGCAUGAAAGGGAUCCUCUAUCUCCGAGAAAAGGUUUGAUGCGAUCCAAGUCAUCCGCUGCAUCUAAAAUACAAAGGGCAUUACCGGGGAAGUCAAAAACCAACGGUGAAAUGCCUUGCAGUCCGAGUAGACCGGAGGCUGUGUCGUUUCAGAAAAAGCAUCACCUAUGGGGCGACGACAACUAUCGGGUUUUCAUCAUGGAAAGUCCUGUCCAUUUCACAAUGGGUGUACAAAAACAGGACAGACAUUUAUUCUUAUUCAAUGAUCUGCUGCUUGUGGCCAAGCCGAGAUCUGGUGGCACAUACAAACUAAAAGAAAAAAUACGCAUGAGCGAGAUGUGGUUAUCGCAGUGUUUAGGGGAUGUAUGCGAGUCCAUUAAAUCACCAGCUACGGCAUUCGUUAUUGGGUGGCCAACAACGAACGUCGUUGUCACUUUUAGUUCUUUAAAGACUAAAGAUCUGUGGCAGCAGAAGCUUUUACAGUUAAUUGAAGAAUCUAAAGAGAAAGAAGGAAAAUCUCAAACUUCAAUUCAGAUAUCAUUCAGAAAACCAGACACCGGUGAAGAAAUUUGCAAAACACUUAAAGUAGACAAUAGACUCACCAGUCAAGAUUGUAUAAAACUAGCAUUACAACAAUUGGGUUAUUUGGAAAAUGGUAUUAGGGAUUAUAAAUUAUGGGUGAAAACUGGAAAAGAUGAAGCACCUUAUCCUCUAAUUGGUCACGAAUACCCUUUCAGCAUCAAAAUGAAUUUCAUAAGAGAACUGCUAAGGCGAUCUGAUUUAGAUCUGAGGAACUUAAACAACAUCAGCACAGAUUCCAAAUGCUAUUUCAUACUUCGAAGAAACACCCUCAACAGUUCUACGAGAAUCGAUCCGAGGCUACAGAAGAAGAGAAAAAAGCAUAGACGGCCUCAUCCAAAAAUCAACUGGCCUUUUAGGAGACCUGCUGCCAAACACGACUCUGUCGAUAGUGGAAAUAGUAGUCCUCCUCCCCAUAGUUUAUUUGGUCUAUCUCUGUGGAAAUUGUGCCCAGAUAAUAUGAUCCCCAAGCCUGUUAUGUCUAUGUUAGUUCAGCUUUUCCAGCAAGGACCCUUUACUGUGGGUAUCUUUCGUAAAUCUGCCAACGCCCGAGCUUGCCGCGAGCUUAAAGAGAAACUGGAAUCAGAUCCUGAAUAUGACUUGAGGAAUGUUCCCAUCAUUGUAUUAUCCUCUGUUUUUAAAGAAUUCUUGCGAAGUCUUCCCGACUGCCUCCUUCAAUCAGACCUUUACAAACAUUGGCUUCAAGCAACCUCUUUUGAAACUGAAUGGGAAUGCAAAAAGAGAAUCCUUAGUCUUUUAGCUCAGUUACCACCUCCAAAUAUCCGGCUUUUGCAAUAUCUCUUGUGUAUGUUGUGGCACAUAGCUCAGCACUCUUCCGAAAAUAAAAUGUCUUCCAUGAACCUUGCUGUAUGCAUUGGUCCUACUCUUUUAAAUCCAGGAAAAUUUCAAUCUCCUGUUCUUCAACAAGAGGAUAUUGCUGAACGGGUACCUAAAGCAGUGUCAUUUUUGAUUGACCAUUGUGCAGAAUUAUUUGGUGACCAAGUAUUGCAGCUGCUGGGGGCAUCUCCCGAAAGAGAUAAUUCUAGGCAGGAUUCUGGAGCAGAAGAGUCUGAUAGCCUUCACAGCUUACAUGAUCUUGCAAAUCAAUAUAGACGAGAUGACUCUUCUAUUGAUAGCUUAGAUCGCGAUUUCCUUGAUGAAAUUGAACCUAGUCCAAAAUUGCCUUGCAAGAGCAAGAUGUCCCUAACAAACCUCAGUCGAGAUUCUGGUCUUACACUAAGUGAUACACAACUUUAUACACCAGAAGAAGAGGUGGAAAGUGAGUCCUCCAGUGCUGAUAGUCGAAGGGGUAAUUCUACAGCCCUAACAAAGAGUGUCCCCCACUUGGAUACUGCUGGAAUAGACUGUAACACUGCUUCCUAUGGCAAGAAUGCUGGUGUUAGCAUAGACGGCACUUGCCAUGAUGUGAUGCGCAAGAGGCGGCUAGGAAUGGAAGCCCAUCGUACCAAAUCUCUUGCAGCCUGUUCGUCAUGUGUGCAUCCAGAUUAUCAUUACGAAAGGAGUCCUCAUUUACCAUUGCAAUUAUCUCAAUCAUACAGUUAUAGCAUGCAGCAAGAUUUAAUGGACAGAUCUUACGAUAGCUUUGUACGCAAUUAUCAUAACCCUGUGAGAAGACGGGACGUUAGAGGUCGCUCUGGAUUACAGAGGCCUAUAGUAUCUUCAGUUGAACCUGUUGAUAACUAUAUGGAAGGUACAUUGCGUCGAAGUGCUUCCGAGGAGAGUUUACUUCAAAAAUAUGUGAGCUCCUCUGCUUCUAAGAGGAUGCUAACUCAACGUAAAAGAAGAGCACCCUCACCACCUCAGUCAAAAGGAACUAUGUCUGCCCCAUGUAGCACUAAAAAGACUGAUUAUUCAAAAGAAUGCUCACGGCAGUCUAGAUCUGUCAGUAGAGAACCUGACAGACAUGCUGUGUGGUUUGCGACACACUCACGGAGAACAGACUGGAAAAGAAGUCAAUCGACGUCAAAAAUUGAUGAGAUUGACCAGGCUCACGAUUCUAGCACCAUAUCUUUGGUUUCAAGCGAAGAUAGUACACCACAGGUAUCUAGGAGCAAUAGCAGGGUGCAAGAACUGAGCUCAAAAUCUCAUAGUGAUCUGUAUGCCAUGUAUUAUAGUCCGCAAAGAGUCAAUAGUGUUUGUAGUUCUACAUCAGAUGGAAGUCAGCAAUCUCACCAAUCACACAACUCGCGUUGUUCUCAGUCAUCGCAAAAAUCAAACAAUUCACAUAAAUCUCAACAUUCAAACUGUUCCAUAAACAACUCCCCUUCAAAACCCAGUGAACCCCCCAGUUACCUCGAAGCCAUAAACCGACAAACAUUGUUGAAACAAAUGCAGCAUCCAGCAGUUGUCAUUGUUAAGAAUGUAACUGAUGAAAUGAGGGCAGAGCAAACCUCUCUCAGUGCAAAAGCUAGAGAACUUUAUGAAAACUCGGUUCGAAUGUAUUCGCAACAGAUUCCUGAGGAUGAUGACACUCAUCGGGCUGUACCGGCUAAUGUGGACUGUACCGAUGGCCACCGUAAAUCUUCCAUUUCAGUCAAGGGCAUCCAGACUUCACCAAGAAUAAGCAGUCAAGAGGGAGCGCAUAUUAGACUAAGGCACCAUCCUCCAGUUCAUGUAACAGAUUCUCAGCUACACAACAUGAGAAAUUUCCACAUAAGGUCUAGGAGAGAAAUACUUCCUGAAGAACUUAGAAAAGAAAUAAACUGGAGUGUCGCGCAACUGAGGGAGUUUUUUAAUACAAGAACUCAGGAAGAAAAGUCUCUAAACUUUUCUAACUCAUGCCUGGAGAAAUGUGAUGAACUCAAUAAUAGCAGAUCUCCUAGGCAAUUUCCAACACAGCAACACACCCGCAGUCGAAGCUUAAGCUCUAGAAGUGAAGAGGAAUCCUUUGUCUAAGUCUAAAAUAUCUUGCUGAAUGUUAAAAGGUGAUCAAAAUAUUCUUCAAAAAUCUCACAUUAUGUAAAUAUGCUAUCAGAUGCUAUAAGAAAAACUGUAAAAAGUGUACAUUAAAAUUAAAAAAUAUUGGAUUAUUUAAUAUCUGAUCUUCUUUUACAUUCAGCAGACCCAACAUGUACAUAUUAUUCCUUCUCAGGUUUUGAACCCAUAACGACCAAAUCUAAUAUAUGUGUUCAUUGUCAAUCGCUCUUGUUGUUGUUCGCUUCAAUAAUGUUUCGCAUUUAUUUACUGAACAUACCCAUUUGUGCAAUGUGGAGUCAAAAAACUUGUUUUUUUCUAUAUUAUUCGCUUUGAUUUGUAUAUAUGUAUUUGAGCAAGGCCUGAGGCUGAAUUGGUGAGAUUACUACCAGCUUUUUUUGUGCCCAUCUUACUAGUCCAUGAAUGGACUCAUUUUUCCGCAUUCGUGUACAAUUUUACCGUUUUUUGUAACUCAUUGUUAAUUAUAGUGUUUUAAUUUUGUUUCAACUAAUGCAUGGUGAGUUUCUAAGCCUUGUGUCUGAUGCCAAUUUUGAAGCUCAUUUUUUUUGUACAUUUACUGUAUACAUUUUUUUUUAUUAAAAUUAAAAACCCUAUUCUAGA